UCACUGCAAACAGUACAUCUCUGCUGAGGAGCUCUGUGACCAGAUGUGUUUGCUGAGAGCCCCACGGAUCUCCUUGGGAUUUGGCAUCAAGAGAGAGCUGCUUCUGAGGGUGGACGAAGGAGUCAGGGAAGUGACAAAUGUUCUGGGCCCAGAUGAACACGUGCAGAAGAGCCAGAGGGUGCAUUUGGUUCUGUUUAAUCCUAGUGGAGUGCUAGGUUUCAUUGUCUCCAGUAUGGAUGUCCUGGAUGCAUUUCUCUCAGGAGAUUUUUCAUCAGCUCAGUUGGUGCAGGAAGGUCAUCGAGUCCAGAGGGCUUUCUUCAAAGAUAUCCAUGCCUUGCCCCUUGUCCCUAACCCAGUGGUGUGUUUGGAAGCAGGAGACACAAUCCUUUUCCAGCUUAGCAUCAAUUUUCACAAUCGUGCAUCCAGCCACUACCCUGUUUAUCAGAAGCAACAUCUUUAUAACAGCAACCCUAGCUGGGAUUAUGGACCCUUCCGAAGGCUGGACCACCUCAUCCAGGAGACUCACCUCAACAUCUCCUGGUUUGCCCAUGUUUUCCUGGAGUCUGGGACAUAUGUAUUCAGGGAUAGGACCAUUCAGGAGCACUUCUUGAUUGUGACUGUGAACGAAGCAAAUGUGGGCUGUGACCCCAGAGAUGUGUCCUUCCAGCCCUCUUCUCUGUUCCAGCUGGCCAGACAUGGGAUUUUGAAGCAGCAGGAACUGAACUUGGCUCCUGACUGGGCUUCCAUUAUAGCGGUGCUCUUCAUUCUGGGCUUCCUAAUUGUGCUGCUGACAACCCUGGCUAUUGUGCUGCAGCCCACUGUCCCUGUCCUUAGUCCCCUGAGGAGCUGGAAGCCACGAUGGAGGAGCCUGGGUGAGCCACACAUCCCACCAGAGUAUGUCCUUCUUAAAGAAAGCCUUCUGUACUAUCAGAUGCUUGGUCCUCGUGGUUCUGGAGGAGAUGCUGCCUUUGGAGAAAAAGGAGCUGUGCAUAACGAAGAAGGAUGUUGUGCAGUGAGAGACCUGGAGGAUUUCAGCGUUCGCACUCUGUACGAUAAGUUGGAAGAUCAGAAUUUGCACCUGGCAUCUCAGCUGGCAAAGCACAGGAGGGAUGUGUUGGUGUUUUACAAUGGAAUCAGCCAGCAGAUUCAAGGUCUCAUGGACAUGGUGCGAGCACUGGAUACUAAAGGCCUAAAAAUCCUUGGCAGGCAAAGGAUUUGUGAGCAUAAAUCUGGAAACAGCAGCCAGGCAGCAGUGGGCAUGGAACAGUGUGAGGAACACUGCAGCAGCAGCUUCCAUGCAGCUGGGCAGGCAGGUGCACUACAGCAAGAGGCAGUGGAGUUGAUGAAAGCUCUAGAAAUCCUGCUUGGGAGAGCUCAGCCUAAGAACAUGAAACGAGAGAUGGAGCAGCAGAUCCAUGGACAGGAUAUGGUGGCAGUUUUACCCUCACUGCACAGUGAAAGUAAAGCAAAAGUAGUGGAAGGGCAGGAUUAUAAGCUGCCUGAACAAGAAGAGCUCUUCAGUAGGAAAGGUGAUGUCUUCAGCUUCCCUGUGCAUGAAGAACGUGAGAAACGCUUCAGAGGCAGUUCCUCAGAGGAUAUGAGGAGUACCCUCAUCCCCAUGGAUCCAGCCACUUUGUCUCCUCACCAGUUUGUGGUGUACCGCUUUGGCUGUGCAGUGUUGCAUCAGUUAACCAGAGCCUUCUCAUGUCCUGCUUUGCUGCUCAUGCUGGCUCAGUCCAUUCCUGCCCAAAGUCCAGAUCAAGCUCUUCUCCCAGGCUUUGGAGGCUCCUACUAUGAUGCCAUUAACAAGAACCUGUAUGUGCAUGCAGCAAGGCUGGAGGAUGCUGGGGAGUUUAUUGCUGUCCUGCUGAACACUGUGGCAUGGAUUGCAGCAGGUUGUCCCUCAGCUGGUACUGCUCAUUCCUGCUUUAUGAUGGAGCUCAACAGAGCUAUUGUGAUUCUUGCCAAUGCCUUUUUCCAGGUUUCAUGGGGGAUAGCAGACAAGGACCCCUCAGGCUCAUCUGAUCGCUUCGACGUUCAGGAAGUGCUCAAAGAAAUUCUGAGCAUCAGAGUAGCACCACAUCCCCGUGUCAAGGGAAAAGCCCUGGGUGAAAGGGAGUCUAGACUGCAAAAGUACCAGAGUCUUCAUCUGCAAGAGGGGAUCUUAGACAGGAUGGGAAAUUCACAGAGAAGUGACUAUGACAGGAAUUCAGACCCCUCUUCUGUUAAGCUGAAGGUUACACAACUGGAGGAGAGGCUGGAUGAACUAAACAAAGCAUUUGUUGAAUUGACAGUACAGGCCAUGGGUCUGCAAGAAGAUGGAGAUCUGUUGGAGAAAGAGCUGAGAACACAGGAGGAGUCACUUGUGACUGCAAGCAACAAAGAAACGUGGGGAGCUCAGCAGUAUUCUGAAAUGUUAGAUUCUUGGGUCACAAAGAGGGAUGAAGCCUUGCUGCUGGAAAUAGAGAGGAACUGGAUUGUUCAGAAGAUUGAAGAGAUGGAAACACAGCUGUUGCAUCUUAGAAGUAAAGCAGCCAGCAGUUCACCUCCUUGAGGAACCUAAAAGGCAAUGGUUACAGCAUGGAUGUGUAUGUAAUUAGAGAUGCACAUGAUCAAUUAUAUUGUGGAUAAUUCAUAUUUGUUGUGGUUCUUUUUUAGUUGAUUGAAGUAUAUUCAUGCUCAGCUAUCAGUAAUGUGUAGGCAUGAGAGAUAAGCUGAGGUUCUUAAUAUCCUUCACUAAUUUUAGAGUUUCUGUUGGUAAGUCAGGAAAGCAGAAAUGAUGUGAGGCCAUUAAUGGCCCCCACUUAACAAUGUGUUCUGCAUAGCCUCUUCCACAUCUGACAUCAAGGGUGUUUUUGAGGAUCUUUUAGAUACAGUUUAGAGCCUUACUUCUAAGCCUUGCCCAGCAACUCUACACUGCUAUGCAUGUUUUCAGUGUAAUCUUAUUGAUCUCAAUAAGGUGUGAUUUGGGAGCAAAGAGUACACUUAAAUUAUUCCCUGUAGUGAUGACUGCAGCAAUUUGUGUAGCUUCUGGUGUAGCUUCCUGCUCCAUCUCUUUCUGCACAGCAUUCCUUAGUUCCAGGUGAAAUAGAAUAACAUAAAAUUGCUUGACUGUGAGCCAGUACGAAGCCUGGGCAAAACCACACAGGUAGGCUUCAGCCAGCUGUUUCCAACAACAAAGCCAGUUCUCUUUUCAUUCUGCAGUAUUUACUGAAUUGCUGAUGUGUGAAAAAAAUUGUGUACCUGCUCCUUCCUGGUUCCUAAACACAAAUUUGUCCUUACUCAUUCUCCCUUAGCAGAGUGUAUUAAUUAGAGGAUGAGACUUCAGUGCCAAGGAGCCCAGACAGAAGCCCUCAACUCUGGUCCCACUUACUGGGGUCUCUGGUGGAUCCAGAGGAACUUCAUGUUCUUUUGCCCUCAUCUGAUUGUGCUGAUUACAUGUUUUCUGAGCUUGCUCCCAGAUGCAGAAGGUUUGUUUUGGUUCCUUUGCAACCUCACCUUGGGAAAAUUCGAUUAUUUGCUGGCACUUUGAAGGGCCUUUAAGGAAAUGAGAGGGUUUAUGGAAGCCAAAUAUACCUAUUGGCAAGCACUAUGAAACAGUGGGAUUUUUUUUCCUAGAUUACAGCAGUGAAAAGGCUGCCAUUGCUCUCCUUAUUGCUUUCGUCUUUUAGGUUAUCAGCAGAUACUUUUACAGCAGUACUACCUGCAGGUAAGCAUCUUCAGACACUGCUGUCUCUGUAACAUCCACAGGAAAACAUUUAGGUGGUAAAGUUACCUCUGUGUGCUCUGUGUGUUGUAUUUUUAAGGCAGACUGGGAGGCGUUAGCAAAUAAAAUGUGUCAGUUUUUCAUUGCGACAGUUUUCUAGUGGAAAUAACUUUCUGCUUUGGAUUGAAGCAAAUAAACGUGUAUAGAGUUCUGCUGGAAGUUUUCUCUUUUCCCCAUUGUGGCUUUCUUAACAAGUACACUCCAGCUAUAAGUAAACUGCUUUGGGCUUCAGGAUGUGUUGUUUUUUUCUCCUACAAAAAAUGAAAGAAUGUUAAUGAAAAGUCCAGAGCUUCACACGAUGUUACCUUUUGUGUUCUGUUGGUAGUUACUAGAGGAAAAGGUGGAACAAAUGAAGUUGAACAGAGCUGAGUGCAACAUGCUGCACUUGGGUCAAGUUAACCCCAGGUAGGAUUACAGACUGGGAGAACUCCUUGAGAGCAGCCCUGCAGAAAAGGAGCUUUGGGUCCUGAUGGAUAAAGGUGGGACGUGGGGCAGCAGUGUGUGCUUGCAGCCCAUAGGGAUGCUCUGGCACCCACAGAAGGGUGACAGAGGGUUGUCCCUGUCUGCAGUGCUGUGUCCAGGUCUGGGGCCCUUGUACAGGAGGGAUGUGGAGCUGCUGGAGGAGGUUCAGGGGAGGCCCUCAAAGAUCAUCAAAGUCUGGAGCAGCUCAAGGAGCUCCAGAAAGGCUGAGGUAGUUGAGCUUGUUCAGCUUGGAGAAGAGAAGGCUCCAUGUAGACCUCAUUGCAGUCUUCCACUAGGUGAAGGGAGCUUUAAGCAGGAGAGGGACCAACUUUUUUUUUACACUCUGACAGUGAUAGGAAGAGGCAGAAUGGCUCUGAAGUAAAAGAGGGGAGAUUUAGGUUAGGUGUUAGGAAGAAAUCCUUUCCUCAGAGGGCGGUGAGGCAUUGCUGCCCAGAGAGCUGUGGGUGCCCCAUCCCUGGAGGCACUCAAAGGUGGGAUGGGGCCCUGAGCUGAUUGGGGCAACCAGCCCUACCUGGGCAUUGAAACUGGUCCCCUCCAACCCAAGCCAUUCUGUGAUUCAAUGAAAUAAGAAGAGGAGUGAUGCAAGCAUGUGUUUCAUCCUUUCUUUGAAGUAUUUACUGCUGAUAGCUCUUUUUCCAGCCCUCCCUGAAGUCUGGAAGUCAAGCACUUUCUGGAGUAGCUGUGAAGUUCCCCCCAGGUUUGGAAGGCUGCUGUUUCCCUGAGACUGACUGAGUCCAGUAUCAUUU